AUGCCCUGGCAACCUCUUCCACGCAUCGCAUUCGCCGUCGCAACAUUCCCUUUUGUUGCUUCCUCGCCCGCAGAUCUCCCACUCGAACUUGGCGAUGAGUUAUACAUAAUUGAGCAAGGUGGGAAGGAUUCACAAUGGUUUCGAGGAUAUCUGGUUGCACCGCCCAGUCUGCUGGCUGGCUUGACAAGUAUAAAAGGGCAAACUCUCGAGGCAAGGGUAUUUUCUGGAAUAUUCCCAACCAGUUGCGUAGAAGUUCGGGAAGUGCUAGGGGAUGAUGAGGUCGAGAGUCCGGUUUCUGCGGAGGAUGGAGACGGUAUGGACGGAAACGGAUCUACGAAUGGCAUUUUGGCAGACAAAAGCUCUAGUUCUAUUAAUGGCGCCCAAAAUUAUCAACCCAAACGAUCAGCAGAUCUCAAUGGCACAAAUGGACGACCUGCGAAGAAGAAAAGAAAGAGUCAAGUUCUCAUGAACGGAAGUGUCAACGGAUUUUCACUUAUUGCGAAACGAAAACCUGGUGCGCCGAAGCCAGCGGCCCCAGUACCUAUGCUGAAGAUUGGAGACGAGACACCAACAUCCGCCUCUGAACCAUUGGUGGACGAAAUCGCAUCCUGUUUAAGAGAAUGGCACUCUACAAAUUUGCAUGAGCUCUUGCUUUCGAGACAAUACCACCAAUUGGAUAAGAUGUCAACGUUGGUCAAAACACUGGAUCUUUCAAGGAGGCAAAUUCUGCAUAAUGUCUGUACAAAACACGAGCUUCAAUCACUGAGGGAGAAAACAGUAUGGGAUCUUGUGAGGGGUAAUAAAUUAUUAAAUGGAGAGGUCAUUGUUCGGGAUCCUGCUGCUCAUGGUAGGGUUCUCACAGGUGAUGAUUCGGCAGUGGAUGUCACCAAACUUCAAUCUAUGAUGAGCCUGCUGGAUGAAAAACCACAACCUCCGGUUCAGAAUGAAAACUUGGUACUCCACCAUCUACUGUUAGAUGUGAAGGCUUUUGUUGGCGCGUCUACAGGAUCCACAACCCUAGCGUUUUUCCUAGCGACCAAAAAGCCAGGUUCAGCGGGCGUGGCACUUUCGGAAACGUACAUUGUGGAGGUACCUCCUAGUGCUUCUCUCACAAGUAUGGGAAAGUCAGGACAGAUGAGAACGCUAUUCACAGACCUCGCAGCCAACGAUAUUGGAGAUUUGCCAUCCACUGAAAGUGAGCUAUAUCUUAUAGUAAAGGUGCAAUCUUCAUCACAAGUUACAGCAGGCAAACCCCUUUCUCGUGGCGGAUCAAGAGGCAACUCAUGUUCUAGAGAUGGCGACAAGCCUCCGUCCUCUGGCGGCGCAACUAAAGCAGGCAGGAGGAGUUUGAUGUGGGGCAAACCCAGGAAUACAUCCAACACGCCUAAACUUACCUCUCUCUCUGAAAAUUCCGAGACCGGCGUUGAAACGCGCACCAGUCGAGAUGGAGGCAACAGAAGUUCGUCCUCACGAAAUGGGGGAGAUUCCAAGCCUGGAAUCGUAAGUCAAACCAUCUCCAGGACCGUUGGAAUUGGAGCUCUAAGGUUGAGUUCGCUCAUGAAAAAUCAAGAUGAAGCUGAACACGUUAUGAGUAUAUGGGCGCCAUCGGCUGCUUUUGGACAUGACAAGCUAACUCAGAGUGAUGGAUGGGAAGAGAUUAUUCGUGAUCUGAUGACCAGCCAAUCCGGUCAAUAUGAAAAAUCUCGUAGAACAGAACGUCUACAAGUGUAUCUGAAAGCGUUCAAUAGUCCAGAUGCAGAUGGACUGAUCAAGUCUACUCCGACUUUACUAUCUGGAAUUUUGAAGACAAACAAAAUGGGCUUUUCCGGAGCGCCAACCAAGCCAAGGUCAGAUAUUUAUGUUACUAUCGACACGGCAUUUCUUCCUAAGCAAGCUCUUCUCUCCCGAUCGGUUGGCAGUGCGAUGCCUGUAGCCUCAUCGUUUGUAGGAUCAAACCUUCAAGUAACUAUGGAAGUAAGAAAGUCAAGUGGAGAGCGGCUCGAGGGUGCCAUCUAUCCAUCAUCGAAUGCAGAUGGACAAGGAUCAUGGGAGUCAGUGGCAGCCGAACGAGGCGAUGCGUGGAGCCAAACUCUACGCCUGUCUAUACCGCAACAGGAGGUUCCUAAUUGCCAUCUGGUAAUGGUUCUUGCAGAUGCACCAAAUCAUCCUCUUGCCAUAUGCCACAUUCCACUUUGGGACCAACAAGCCUUCAUGCGAGAUGGGCACCACUCUCUGCUUCUAUACAGAUACGAUGAGACAACCAUGUUAACUCGAGGUAGUUCGGCUGGUAAAACCGGAUAUCUUUCCUUACCAUGGAGUUCUCGUGGAAAGGAUGAUGUGUCAAAGGAUGAGGCUGUUACUGGACCGAUUGCGACUCUUCGAAUUCAGACAUAUUUAUGCAGCACAAAGUUUUCACAGGACAAAGUACUUUUACGGAUACUUAAGUGGAAGGAUCAACCACCAGGAGACCUGCAGCAGCUUUUACAACGAUUGGUCUUUGUCUCGGAGAUUGAGAUUGUGAAGUUGCUUAGCGAUGUGUUUGAUGCUAUCUUUGGAAUUCUGGUCGAGCACACUGGAAACGAUGAUUACGAAGAUCUUAUAUUCAGUGCCUUAGUCACAGUUCUUUCCAUUGUGCAUGAUCGAAGGUUCAACCUCGGUCCCUUGGUUGAUCAAUACGCUGAGACUAGAUUCAAUUACCCAUUCGCGUCGCCUUGUCUCGUAAGGUCAUUUACUCGAUUACUUGCCAGUCCUUCUGACCCAGAUACUUCGAGGAAAUUACGCGCCACUUUUAAAGUUGUUCGACAUAUCUUGAAGUUCAUCACCCAUGCUAGAGGACAGCAGAAAGUGAAAGAAGCGGACAUUGGAAUCACCCAUUCGAGUUCAGGGUUCGGCCGCCAACUUCGCCAGAUUUUCAAAGCACUUGAGGGAAUGAUGAGAACCACAGCACCCAUUUUAGUGGGAAGUCAGACAUUAGCUGUUCAACAUUUCCAUACCUGGCUACCAGAGCUUUCCAGGUUACUUAGCAAAGAGCAGAUUUUGCAUAUUGCCAUCGACUUUAUGGAUUCAUGUGCAUUGGUAAAGGGUAAACUCAUAUUGUAUAAACUUGUUUUAAUCAUUAAUUAUUCUCGACUGGAUCUAUUUUCUCGGCCCGAACAGAUGAAGGCUCUUGUUGCGAACACGGCCAGGUGGAUUUCACCGCACUGGGGCAAGACGACAGAGGUUACCGAUCAAUGGAGGGAGCAAGUCCGACUUUGUUGUUCAAUAUUGGCGAUACAGAUGAAUAAUUUAGGCCCCGAAAUCCCCAUUUACAUUCCUAAAAUAGUUGAUUCAUAUGUUGCAUUACGAACGGGCGAAGUGAAGUCGCAGACUCGGUUGUCAUUACUUUUCCCCACAUCGUACCCCUUUCCCAGCAAAGCGAUAGCUGAAAAGGCCGACUUCGACGAGGUUCUCAUUGAGCUUUCGGCAGUCUUGUCUGCCGUCUCAACUUUACCUGCAGGUAUGCAGCUUGAGCUUGUACAAGGCGAUAUGGCAAUACUGAUCGAGGACUUUUUAAAUAUACAUUUAAGCAUAUUAGAAUGCGAGGCAUUCCCACAAAAUUGGUUGAGCGUUCGCAUCUUUCACCACAAAUCCACACUCAAAACACUCGAGUAUCUGGCUGGCAUUCUUCUAGAAGGAUUUCUGCCUCAUCCUGACGAUGCGGAGAACUACAAUACAGAAUUAUGGAAAUCGUUCUUCACGACCUUACUAAAACUCGUCGGCAGUGAUUCUUUGGCACUGGAAACCUUCCCCGAACAGAAACGACGGGCAGUGUGGAAGAUUGCUGGCGAUGUCCGUGAAAAUGGUGCCGAGCUUCUGAGACGAACAUGGGAAUACACUGGUUGGGAUACUACUCCCGAUGAGCGACAUAAAUACGCUUUGGCCAAAAUGGGAGGCUAUCAAGUGCAAUAUGUGCCUGCCCUAGUCGGACCCAUCCUUGAGUUAUGCCUUAGUGUGCAUGAAGGCCUUCGGCGUGUUGCAGUAGAGGUGCUACAAACCAUGAUCGUCAGUGAAUGGACCAUGAGCGAGGAUUUAAGUGCGAUUCAAACUGGAAUUAUUGAAUGCCUGGAUGACCUUUUCAAAUCGAAACCAUUAACGGAAAGCAUUCUGCAGAAAUUAUUUAUCAAUGAACUGUUCACACUAUUCGAUAAUUUGUCUCGAAAUCCAGAUGAUCCUCUUUACAACGCAGUAAAAGAUCUCAUCGGCACCACCGAUGAAUUCCUUGAUCUCCUCGUUGCGGUUCAUAGUACUGAUGUCACCGGUGAAGCUUCUCACAUGAUUCACCGAUUACGAUUAAUGGAAUUCCUCCGAGAUAUGCAAAAGGAGGAUAUCUUCAUUCGAUACGUUCAUCAGCUCGCAGAGUUGCAAACCAAUGCUGGAAACCAUACAGAAGCUGGGCUUGCAUUACGACUUCAUGCCGACUUAUACCAAUGGGAUCCUUCGAAGAUACUGCCCCCACUAGACGAUCCAGAGUUCCCAGCCCAAUCUCACUUCGAUCGAAAGGAACGAAUUUAUUUCGAUAUGAUCAAGAACUUCGAAGAGGGUGAAGCAUGGAGUAGCGCCCUCGCGGCGUACAAGGAGUUACAGUAUCAAUAUGAAGACAAUGUUUUCGAUUUUUCCAAGUUGGCUAGGACACAGCGAGCAAUUGCCACAAUAUACGAAUCUAUUUCCAAGGCUGACAAAAUUGUUCCCAAAUAUUUCCGCGUCAUUUAUCGAGGGAUGGGCUUUCCUCAAAGUUUGCGCGACAAGGAGUUUGUGUAUGAAGGCUCUCCCAGUGAACGAACUUCGAUAUUCACAGAUCGCAUGCAAGAGCAACAUCCUUCGGCACAGAUUGUUACUUCUGGCGAUGUCGAUGAUGUAGAGGGUCAAUUCUUACAAAUUUCUUCCCUCAGCCCACAUCGGGAUCUUACUCAUCACGUCUUCCAACGUUCUAAAGUUCCUCAAGUCGUCAGAGACUAUCUUCUCUCCGCGCAUCCUCGUUAUUUCUCUACUACAUCUCGUCGCACUACUUCGGGUCCAAUCGGCGAUCAUUCAGCCGAGAAAAUAAUUUAUGCUACUGUGGAUACAUUUCCGACGAUUCUACGUCGCAGUGAGAUUAUUUCCGUAGAUAGAUAUAAGCUUGAUGCUCACCAAACAGCUUUGGAACGAAUCAUUCGCAAAACUCAAGAAAUGGCAGCUGUAGAGAAGAGGAUCGCAGAUGGCGAAGAUGAAAUCGCACCACUUCUAGUUGAAGCACUCAACAUAUCCGUUAAUCCCACUUCCGAGUCUAGUGUUGCAAGAUAUAGGGAACUGUUGCCUAAUCCUGUCGAUGAUGAGGAUGGAGUUGAAGAAGUGAUAGAGCUAGGUCCGAUAGAAAAUGCGCUCAAGACUGCGUUGAUAGAUCAUGCAAUUAUGAUCAAAAGAUGUUUAGCUAUGUUUGCCAAAUUACCUAAUCUUCACAGUCAGGAUGAUUUGCAACACUGUUUUGAACAAACCUUCGCCUUUGAGAUCGCUUCCCUACAAAUUCCCCAAUCGCAUCUUUCAAUCACUUCUCCGGGUCUCGUUCCAGGCUGGACACUUUCACCUUCGUCAUCAAAAGGAGAUCUUAUAAACAAUUCACGGGGUCAUUUAACACUUCCUCAUUCCCAAUCAUUCACAAACGGUACAAUCGAUACAAGCAUCCUCGAUAGUCCUCACCACACUCGCGCAACUGGUGCUUCCAAACGUCUCAGUUCUUUCUUAACCCGAAAUGGAAGUAUAGCAGACCGAGAAACCCGUCCUUUAAAGAAAGAAAAUCGCAAGAGUUUCUUUAGCGGUAAUGGAUUAAGUAUGAACGGCAUUUCCUUGACCAACGGUCUUGCUUACAGAGACCGCGGUCGAAAAGAAGAAUACAUAGAUGAAGUUCAGAUUCCUGGAGAACAAGAACAUAGCAACCUGGAAAAUUCGGGCGAAUGGAUAACGCAAUCGGAUCUUUCAGUUCAGCCUCCACAAGGAAAUUAUACUACUGGAAGUAGUAUAGAUAAUGGAAGGAGAAGCAGUAGUUCUCAACGUAGACCGGGGACUACGGGAACAGGCAGUAGUCAGGGGGUGGCAGGGCUCGGCAUGGGUAUGGGAAUUGGGAUGGGGAGUAGUGGGAGUGGGAGUGGAUUUGGGGGAAGCGUGAGGAAGAGAUUUAGUGUGUUGAUGUUGGGAAAGAAAGGGAGCACGGUGGGGAGUGGUUUGAGUGGGGAUGUGGCGGAGGAAUAG